AAAUUAAAUGAAUUGUUUGACAGCACCGGCAGUUCGGAGUUUGUGAGCAAAAUGAGCCCAAACUGGUGCGAGAAUUGGCCCAAAAGUUGGCGACAUUUCAUUCGUUGAAACCGCCGGUCGAUCGCAAAAACAAUUGGUUAUUGCGGUCGUUGGACAACAACAUGGAGAAGGCCUACAAGAAGUUUCCGAUCGACAAAUUAAUGGCUGACCUAAAACUGGACUCAAUCACCACCGAUGGCUUACGUCUGGAGCUGGAGUGGCUCCGGGAGAUCAUGUCGUCCACAGAAUCUGCCGUUUGUUUCGUUCACAACGACUUCAGACCAAAUAAUAUACUGGUUUUGGACGCAAACGAUGGCAACGAUAACCCAAAUGAUAAUCAAAUAAUAUUCUGUGACUUCGAGUGCUCGGGCUAUGGAUUCCGGGGCACAGACUUAGGCUCACUGUUCGCCGAAUGGAAUCGCGAGGGACUCGAGAGCUAUACUCGUGUCCAGAAUUUCCCGAAUGAUUUCAUUGUGAAGUCAUUUAUUGAGGAAUAUAUUCGCGAAUCGAUUCGUCUGAAUGGCGACAAAUUCUCGGAGGACUCACGCAAUUCGUGUCAACACAUUAUCAAAGAGACAAAAGUCUUCACUUUGGUCUCCAAUCUCUACUUUAUUACCGCAUCGCUAGUCAUGGAUCAGUCGCCAGACAUGGAGGUCUUUAGCAAAACUAAUCUCAUGUAUGGGGCAAACUUUCACUUCAAAAACUAUCUCUAUUUGAAGCAAAAGUUCAUUGAAGACAAUGCUAUUUAGAGCAACCAAUAGAUUAUUUAUUUACCUACACUAUACAGACUAUGAUUAAAUCAAGCUAUUGUAUUUUUGUGGACCA